GCAAAAAUGAAUCGAUUAAAAUGUGUCGAUGUUAAUAUUCUAGGAAGAACACAACACAUUAACUUUGGAAUUACUGCGCCUUGUUUGACAGUUCCUGUUGUGGGGUUUUGUACGUGGACGAAAACAACAAUUAUCUUCUUGUGGCAGAAGUUAUAUUUUUUUAUUUUUUCAUUCAAUUGUCAUUUGACAACAUGAGGACGUUAAUAUUGCUUGUUCUGUUUCAAAUGACGACUAUUGCCUUGGUGAGAGCUGGCUGCCCUGUGAUGUGUGAGUGCCCGGCAGGACCCCCCUCCUGUCCCCCGGGGGUCAGCUCUGUACCUGGCGGCUGUGGCUGCUGUAAGGUGUGUGCUGCCCAGCUCAACCAGGACUGCCACGACUCACACCCCUGUGACCACCACAAGGGGCUGGAGUGUAACUAUGGCAAUGACGUGGGCCACACUCAUGGCAUCUGCAGGGCGAAGCUCGAGGGUCGCCCCUGCGAAUACAACGGACGGAUCUACCAGAACGGGGAGAAUUUCCGGGCUGGCUGCAAGCACCAGUGUACGUGCAUUGACGGGGCGGUGGGCUGCGUGCCCCUGUGUCCCAGCCACGUGCCCCUGGCUUCGCCAUCCUGCCCUGCCCCUCGCAUGGUCAAGGUGCCUGGGCAGUGCUGCCUCCGUAUCGACUGCCACAAGGGCUCAUCCAUUGUACCCCCAGUACACGGGCACCCACUGCCUCCAGCCUACCCGCCUUUCCCCUUCAUGCCCCACCCUGCCUACAAGCCAUACCACUACAAACCCAAGGAUACCAUGGGAAACGAGCUGGUGGAGGUAGAGAAGACGUGGGACAAGCUGCGCAGGCACAAGCACCUGGCGGCAUGGAGGCAGUUUGGAGGGCAGUGUGUGGUCCAGACCACGAGCUGGUCCCAAUGCUCACGCAGCUGUGGGAUGGCUGUGUCCUCUCGUGUCACCAAUGACAACGCCCAGUGUAAGCUAGUGAAGGAGACGCGUCUGUGCAACAUCCGGCCCUGCAGCUCCAUGUCCAUCCCCAUCAAGAAAGGGAGGAAGUGCUCCCGUACCCACAAGGCCCCAGAGCCCCUGCGUCUGUCCUAUGCUGGCUGCCGCAGCACGCGUCUCUACCGGCCCAACUACUGCGGCGUAUGUGUGGACGGCCGCUGCUGCUCGCCCCGACACACACGCACUGCCUCCGUAACCUUUGCCUGCCCUGAUGGCGAGCGCUUCGACCACUCCGUCAUGUUCGUGCAGUCCUGCAAGUGCAGUGAUAAGUGCAGUCAUCUGAACGAGGCUGCCCUCCCGCCCCAGCAGUGGCUCUACGGAGACACACACAAGUUCACCGACUAGCGUCCCCUUCAAAU